UGGACUGGAUUAGAAUAAAGUGGACAGUGGAAUAACGAAAGGGACGGUUUUUUCGAUUAAAUAGAGUCAUCAACGCUCCGUUCGGGAAUGCCCUGGUUAUUUGACUCUUUGAAGUGUUUAGGCGGGGGACAUCAGUGGUUGCUAUUCUAAAAACAAACAAAAUUCUUUCGGAGAGGUUCAGGUUUCUAAGCUUCAGAAAAGAUUUGCAGUUCUCAUAGGCUGGUGCAAAUUCUGUUUUCAGAGGACAAAAGAGUGGGUGACAUCGCAAUUGGAAUCAAGAUUACUGGUGAAAGAAAAUCAAGUGAUUUUUGUCUUUUUUGAGACAGUCAUUGUAUCAAAUACUCAAGCGUGUAAUUUUGCUACGAAAUCGAGCUAAAGGCCUUUUCCUUGACCCCAGUUGAGUACAGGGAAAGAACUUAUAAGAACGAGUAUUCCAUAACACUGGCUAACAAUAAUAAAGGAAGUCAAAAAUGGAGUCAAGAAAUAGAUGGCUGGUCAUUGUUCUGCCCUUGUUUAUGACUUGUUCUUCUCCAGUCAAGCCGAGUCUCACAAGAAAAGAUGACAGUCGUUCAUCCAUAUUUAGCAUAACAAAAGGUCACGUUCUGACGGGACAUGUCAUUCAUAAACAGCAGACUUUUGACAUUAUGGCAUGCGCACAGUUAUGUUUGGCGCACCCAAAGUGCACGUCAUUCAAUUACGAGAACACCCGAAAUGGAAUCUGUGAGCUGAACAGAAAAGGUUUCGAUGGAGAAUUGGUUGUGGGAAAAAAUGUACUCUCUACCAAGAAUGGGCAUUCGUUUAGUCAACUGAUUAACUUCAGUCCUCAAGUUUUAGAAGACGAAUUUGUCUUCACAACCCUAGGCGCCCGAGGAGAAACUGGGCCCACAAAUACAUCCGGGUAUGUAGGAACAUUGCUGGAAGAUAAAGUAACAUUAGACAAUGGCAUCCAAAUUUGGACUGUUCCCGUGACUGGAAUCUACGUCAUUGAAGUGUCAGGUGCUUCAGGCGCUAAUGGCACAGAGCUAGGCAAAGAUCCCGUAUCUUGGAGGCUCGGUGGCUUAGGAGCCAAGAUGAUAGGAACUUUCAAACUUCACAAAGGAACCCAGCUUAAAAUUCUUGUUGGUCAAAAGGGUCAUCGUACUGAGAAAUUCGGUGACGCCCCCGGAGGUGGGGGAGGUGGAAGCUUUGUGGCUUUGUUAGAUAACACUCCGCUAAUCAUUGCAGGAGGGGGAGGGGGUGGAGGAUCAGCGAGCAAGCAAUUUAAAGACGGUGAUCCUGGUCAGACAACAGAGAAUGGCACCAGGUGUGGUGGGACGGGAGGGUCCGGUGGACAAGUCUGUGACCUUAAAACGGGCAACAUUGAUUCUCGCUUAAUAGCUGGAGGAGGAGCAGGACUAAAGGGCGAUGGAAACGGGGGACCUGGACCUGUGAUUGCACAGACGCCCUCAAGUUUUAUAAAUGGCGGAACUGGGGGAACAUGUCCGGUGUCGCAAGGGGGCUUUGGAGGGGGCGCAUUCGCCUUUGUACUUGGUGGUGGCGGGGGCGGGUAUUCCGGUGGAGGAGUUGUUGGGACCUCGUCCAGUGGUGUGGCAGGUGGAGGGGGCUCGUAUAAUAACGGAACAAAUCAACUAAACAUGGUGGGUGUUAAUAAAGGCCACGGGAAAGUUAUUAUCAAAUUAAAGACUUGAAGGAACACUAUGACCAGACCACUAGCUAAAAACUGUACUUAGAGUAAUAAUUAUCAACUCUAACUUAAUCAUAGAACGCUUGUGAAGAGAUGCAAUGGUGCAAAGAAUCACAUGAUCUUGGAGAUCUAAUCAUGGAAAAGUAACCUUAAUCUAAUAUCCUGUUUGUUCAAAACUGUAAAUAAAUCGAAUGCUUGUUUAUUCGCGCCAUCUUUAGUCAUCUCACUUCCUCAAACGAUCUCUCGACGUUAGCUGAGUACUGUUUUCUUGUUCAGUGAUCUUUCGUUAAAAGAUCAGGGAAUAAAUUAACAAGAGUACUUUUAUGGAGCUGACUUGAUGUAAAACAUACCUGGUCACGUAUUUGCCUACCUAGUUAGAAAAUAACUCUACCUCUCCGUUUAGAAAUUCUGUUGCGGAGAACAUCGGCCAAGUGCGUGGGUGAGUUUCAACAGGGAUGGUGUUACUAUGUAAAUAGAUGAAACAUUCUAAAAUGAUUGCGGUGUAAUUCGUCAUUGGACUGACAAUAACAACAAGAUUCGUAACGUGUAAAUACAGUACAAUGUAAGAUUAGGGAAUGCUCUUUGAUUCAAUUAAACUGAGUGCUAUUCGAUGUUGUUAUAGACUUGGUUAUGGAUUUAUUUUUAAUGAGCCACCUAGAGGCCAGCUAGGUAGUUCACCCAUCCAUCCUCUUAUUACCAAGAACCAAAGUGCCAGAUGAGAUUUGCGGUACUUGAUUAUUUGACACCCAGGCCUUCCUUCGAUAUCAGUGGAGAUGCCUAAGGAGAGCCAACAGCUUAUGAGAGACUGAUCGAGUAGAACCAUCUAAACCAGUAAGGCAGCCUGCUGUGAGGAGUGAAACUGCUACAGAUAAGGCUGGACUGUUCCUUCAACCGUGUGAUUACCAGAGCAUUGACUGAGAGAGGACAGACAUCCAGGGAUCAUUGGCAAGUGGGACCUCAUGAAUCGAACAUGCUCUCGUUAUUACGGACAGCACUGACAAGCCGGGUCGUAAUGGAGAAGAUCAUAACCGCAGACCAAGAUCAAGUAGACAAGUACGAAGCAGACAGUAAAUCAAAUAUUACAGACGAUAAUAAUCCUACGGAAGACGACGAAUACUUUCUAAGCAGUGAAAAAAAUCUAGUUUAAUCUAUAAAUCUCGAAUUGACAAAAUAUCACAAAUCUUGGGUUCCAAACUAAGAAUAAAAGCUUACUUAUUACGAAAAUAAAACAAACAAGAUUCUUUGGGAGAAGGUCAGAUUGCCAAGCGUCAGCUAGAUUGGUGGUCCUCAUAGGCUGGGUAAUAUUGUAUUUUCAGAGAACAAAAGAGUAGCUGUGACUACA